UUUUACCAACGUCGCCGACAGGCCUACUCACUAUCAUUUCACUCUAGCGGCAGUGACGUUGCUGACCAGUGCAUCUUUCCUUCAUACAUUCACAUCGCCGUCACUCCCAAUUACCACUACUAUUUCAUCUUUGGUAGUUGUACCAUCGCCGACCGAUACAUCUUUCCUCAGUACAUUCACAUCGCCGAUAUCUCAUUGUCGUCCAAUAGGUUUCCCACCAAUUCCAAUACCACUCCAUGCCUCUACUUCAAGAUGGCAUCAGAUUAUAUUGAGCUUCAUAAAGCUCCCUAUCAAGGCACUGGUAUAAAUCAAGCUGGUGAAUCACCUGAGAGCCUUGCGGACGUCAAUGGAAGAAAGCGAAAUUUUACAGACUAUUUAGAGUCAUCCGAGGACCUUGAAAUCCCAAUUAGCAAAUUUCGCCGGAUCACUAUAUCCCCCCCGGAUGCCGAACUAGAGGAGUCGCUAUCCGCAGAUCAACUAUUUGAGGAGUUGACCAGAUCAAGUGGCUGUAAUCUGUUAGGAGAACCUCUUUCUGCAGAUGAAACAGCGUCUGGUGUUAACCACGGCCUUCAACUAUCUCCUAAUAAGUCAUCCAACGCCCUUAAGAACCCACCAGGUCCUCUAGAUGCGUUACGAUACCCCCUUUACAAGCACCAGCUAUUGGGAUUAAAAUGGAUGAAGCAAAUGGAGAAAAAUAUGAAGAUUAACGGUGGUAUCCUUGCCGAUGACAUGGGACUUGGAAAGACACUCACGACCAUUGCUCUGAUGCUCAGUCGUGACGCCGAACCACAAACUUGGGCUAACGUGAAAACCAACGUAAUCGUUGCGCCUGUAGCCUUACUCAAUCAAUGGCAGCGAGAGAUCAAGCAAAAGAUCCUACCUGACCGUCAGCUUAAAGUCUUCUUGUACCAUUCAAGCAAGAAAGAGUACAAACAGCUUUGCAAAUAUGAUGUUGUGCUGACAAGCUACGGAAUGCUGGUCUCCGAAUACAAUCGGAGAGAAAAAUAUAUAAAUGAGGCCACGAAAGCUGGAUUCCCCGCCGAUAAUGGUUACCUAUCUCAGAUCUGCCCAUUUAUAAGCCCCAACAGCUGCUUUUACCGAGUAAUUCUUGAUGAGGCACAGUGUAUCAAGAAUCCCAGAACCAAAGCUUCACUGGCUGUUUGCCAGAUAAAGGCUAAGUAUCGCUGGUGCCUAAGUGGAACACCAAUGCAGAACGGACCAAACGAACUUGCUCCCCUUAUCCGAUUCCUAAAGAUUCAACCGUACUGUAAGGUCGAAGAAUUCAAGAAAGCGUUUGGAUCUCUGCAGCCGAAAGGUAAAUUUUCGGGCACUACUGACACAAGGUCCAAGGCAAUGAAGUCGCUACAGAAGUUUCUCAAUUCUAUUCUACUCCGACGGACCAAGAAGUCAAAGAUAGAUGGAAAGCCAAUCAUCCAGUUGAAAGAGAAAAUCGAAGUCGUUGAUCAUGUUGUGUUUGACUCGGAUCAAAAAGAAUUUUACAAUACUCUUGAGAAGGAUGCUCGUGUCCAAUUCAGCAAGUAUCUCAGAGCUGGAACCAUCGGUAGACAUUAUACCAAAGUCUUGGUACUCCUACUACGCCUACGUCAAGCAUGUUGUCACCCGUAUCUGCACCUCACGGAUUUAGAAUUGGUCCCACCCGAUAUCCAGGAGGAAGAGGCAGAGAAAUUCGCCAGCAGACUGAGCCCGGAGGCAGUUGAGCGUAUCAAGGGAACUGGACCCUUCCAAUGUUCCGUGUGUUUUGAUGUCAUCAUGGCACAGCCUUCUAUUAUGUGUCCUUGCGCAGAUUUACUUUGCCCACCCUGUGCUGAGGCAUUUUCGAACCUGAUAGCUCAGAAUCGAAUACGCGCAGGGCAGGAUCAGUCCCUCAACGGGCAAAUUGAAUGUCCAGCUUGUCACAAUAAGGGCGAGUUUGCGAUAAUCAAAUUUAGUUCAUUCUCGAAGGUGCACCAACCUAAGCCAGUCAUGGCAGUAAAGAAAUCCGAGACGGGUGGCGAUACUGACGAUACUGAUGACACCGACUCUUCAUACGACUCAGAUAAUUCAGAUGAUUCUCAUUGGGAAUGUUCAGCCAAGUUCGUGCCGGAAGAACUUGCAAAGCUGUGCCAGAAGGCAAGGCACAAUAUGCGCGCCCGCGAAAAGUACUUCCGAACCUUACGUUCAAUUUGGCAGCCUUCAGCCAAGGUGACCAAGUGCUGUGAGAUCAUCGGAGAUAUCCAGAAUACCACAAAAGAAAAGGUCAUAGUUUUCUCGCAGUGGACCGUUUUUCUUGAUCUGCUUCAAAUCGCAAUCGAAGAUGCGCUUCAUAUUCGAGUUGGUCGAUACGAUGGUAGCAUGACCGCUAUUAAACGUGACGAGGCAGUUAACGAAUUUACCGAAAACCCUGAAGUGAAGGUUAUGCUGGUGUCACUCAAAGCCGGAAACGCGGGCCUCAACCUGACAGUGGCUUCGCAGGUUAUUCUCAUGGACCCGUUUUGGAACCCGUACGUUGAGAAUCAAGCCGUCGACCGCACGUAUCGUAUUGGUCAACAGCGCGACGUUACAGUCCACCGAAUCCUUGUGGAGGGGACUGUGGAAGAUCGAAUUAUGGCCACUCAAGAGCAAAAGCGAAAGAUUGUCGAAUUCGCACUGCAGGGCGAUGGUACAUCGAAUGGGGAUUCGAGCAAACUUGGCACCGAGGACCUCGCGUUUCUCUUUGGUGUGGGCUCCAAGAAAUAAACUUCAGGACCUCGAUAGCUCUGGUCCACAUAAUCCAUUCCGACAAUUGGUGGUUUACUUUCAUGCGGCCACUUUUAUUCCAGUCUUUUCUUUAUUUUCCUUUUUCUUUUUUGCCUUUUGUUAGCUGCAAGUGACUAACUGCCCCCUAUGAUUCUGACAAAAGGGGUUUGAUUCAAGUCUACAACAC